UACAAAACCCUAUCUCCCUGUUCUGCCUUGAAAAAAACUUCCACAGAGAGAGCAGCCGUCAGAAGAAAAAAAACCGACUAAAAAAAUGUCCACCGGAGAUGAAACUCACGCGGCGGCGGUGUCCGAGAGAGGCAGAGGAAAGAGAAGAGUCGGCGCCAAGAACGGCGGGAAGUCAAAGAACAAGAAGCAAAAGACACGACCUCCUUCCUCCGACAGGUUCAAGCUCACUCAGAAGAACAAGAAGCUCUUUCAGAAGAGAGCGAGAGACUACAACUCAGACUCUGACGACGACGAGGAAGAAGAAGAAGAAGACGAAUCGAAGAAGGUAACCAUCCGCGAGAAGAUCUUCUCCGAUGCUAACAUGGGACCGAACUACGACGAAGUCGAAGAGGAAGAUGAAGGCUCCGACAAGGACGGGGACUCUGACGGGGAGGAUCACGGGGAGAUUCAGUCUGGGAUCGCUAGGUUCGGUGAUGAUGAUGGAUGCAAUGCGUUCAAGAUGGCUUUUAAAUCUAUCAUGAAGAGUAAAGGAGAUGAUGCAUUGGGACCUGUUUUAUCAGCACAUAAGCAUCUUAUUGCACAGAAGCUAGCUGAUGAGGAAGCUGAGAAGAAGGCUAAGGGUCAAGCCAGAAAGGCUAAACAUUUGGUUGCUGAGAAAGGGCAUGUUAAACCUGCAAACCAUUUGGAGUCUCGUGAGAAGGUUCUUAUAGGUGUUGCAACUAAAGGAGUGGUCAAGCUUUUUAAUGCUGUAAACAAGGCUCAACAUGCUCAGAAGGGUUUGAAUGCUUCUAGAUCAAAGGACGCUAAAGUGUUAAAGAAGAGGAGAAAAGAAGCAUUCUUCUCGGAGUUGGGGAAACCACCUAGAACAGACUCCAAGGCUCAAGAAACGUCAAAUACCAAUGAAGAAGAAGCUCCUGCUUGGGCUCCUCUACGUGAUAAUUACAUGUUAGCCAACCCAAAGCUGAAAGACUGGGACAAAAAACAGGAAACAAACGAAGGAGAUGAUUUUGGCGCAAUGUCAGGAGAUGAGAGUUAUGAAGACUGAGCUACCAGUUUGUUUGUAGUACGUGCAGCUUUUGUUUUAUCAAAUAUGAAUGCAGUUUUUUUUUUGGUAAUGCAAAAAGGAACUUGAAAGCAAGAUAAUGCAA